CUCUCUUCUACUUCUUCUCUGCCUAUAUGGUGAGAACGAUGGGGUGCCUGCAGGCACGUGGGAUGUUGCUGCUUCCCGUGCUGGUGGCGGUUGCAGUGUGCUGGAUGCCGCUCCUCAGCAGCGUUGUUGGAGAGGUGACGCUGGAGGAGGAUGAUGCGGGCGCGUUUCACAUCAACACAAGCGAUCCAAUGAGCCAGCCCGUGUUUGUGAAUGGUGUGAACGUGCACGAGACGCUCAGCAUGUUGAUGAGCACCGUGUCGGCGCAGCAGAGCAUCAACGGUGAGCUCUGCCAUCUGAAGAGGCGUGCCAUGACGUUUGGCCAGCUCGGCUCAAUGGGUGCAAAAUGGCUUGGGGGCGUAUUGGCCAACAACGGUCUGAUCUAUGCCGCGCCAUUCAACUCCCCUUCUGUUCUCAUCAUUGACCCUAGCUCAAACAACGUCGACACGACCACAAUCUCUGGGCUUGGAACAGACAACGACAAAUGGAGUGGUGCUGUGUUGGCACACAACAGCCUCAUUUACAUGUUCCCUUCAAACAGGGAGACGAUGCUCAUCAUCGACCCAGACACCAACACGGUUGACACCACAAGCAUCCACUCAGUCGGGUCCCGUGGCCGCAAGUGGUACAGUGGUGUGGUGGCCAGAAACGGCCUCAUAUUUGGCAUCCCCCUGGCUGCCACGUCUGUGCUGAUCAUCGACCCCGAGACCAACACAGCCGACAUCACCACGCUGUCCGGGCUGUCGAGCCAGCUGUACAAAUGGUACGAUGGCGUGCAAGCGGACAACGGUCUCAUCUACUGCAUUCCACGGGAUGCGACAAGCGUCCUCAUCAUCAACCCUGUCUCUCUCACGAUGGACCUCACCACCAUUAGCGGCCUGGGUUCCACAAGCGACAAGUGGUUCGGCGGUGUGCUUGCACGCAACGGUCUCAUCUACACCAUCCCAGGCCGUGUUGCAACGACACUCGUCAUAAACCCAGCCACCAACGCAACCGACGAGCUUGUCAUUGCAGCCGCAACCAGCUUUCGAAAGUGGGUUGGUGGUGUGCUCGCACCCAACGGCAACAUCAUCGGUAUCCCAAAUGGCUCAAAUUCUGUCCUCAUCUUAGAUCCAACCUUAAACACCACCGACACCACGACCAUCAGCGGUCUUAGCGGCAACAACAAGUGGUUCGACGGGGUGCUCGCUCCAAACGGCCUCAUCUACGGCAUCCCGCAUUCUGCACAGUCUGUCCUUGUCAUUGACCCAGGAUGCUGA